AUGUCAGGCCACUACUCCCAACAGGGAUAUCAGCAAUAUCCUCCGUAUGGUGGCUCACCUGCUCAGCCAUACCAGCCCUACAGUCCUCCGCCUGCCGGUUCCUACAACAGACCUCCUCCGCAACAGCCCACCGGCUACCCCGCACCGCAAGGUCAGCAGGGCCAGGGCCAGGGCCAAAGUCAAGGUUAUGCACGUCCAGCACCGCCGCCACCGCAGGGCCAGCCUUAUGGAUCGUCGGGAUCGCCCUACCCCGGACAACAAGCUCCUUAUCCUGGAACCUCCUCGUCGCCCUACCCUCCCGGACCGCCUUCGCAUUCACCUUACCCUGGACAACAAGCGCCGCACCCUGGAGCCCACUCCCCAUACCCUGGACAGCAACCACCCUAUGUACAGAUGAGCCCUAUGUAUCCCUGA